CCCCGAUAAAAGGGUUAGACGUCAAUUUCCGGGAAGCAGCUAGGGUCGUUUGUCAACACUCUCCUCGGAGGGGGGCCCGUCCGUCAGACUGUAACAUCAACGUAAGGGGUCCUUGAGGUGGAGACACGAUACGCAUCAAUAACGUUAAACGUCUUGGCCGUUAGGAAUUCAGUAAGGUUACUGAAUAGAUUACUGUCAUGUCUCCGUCAGGCCUGUAUUGUGAGAAACUUAAAGUGCUGAUAAUAAUUAGCUAUUCGUUAUGCUUUAUUUUAAUAAAUGGGCGAAAUGUACCUCGACCAACCGUUCGCAAUACUUCCCAGUCGUGCCUCUUUUCAUGCCCAUUGUUUUUAACUUCUCACCACAGCGUCCCCUUGAUGUCCGCUUCAUGCUGUUAAUACUAUUGUUGUGUUGUUAAAGUCAGCUACAUGUACGUGCUAAGCCACUUGUGUACCCUCUUGUAGGUCACUAGCUUCUCUAUUCUGAUCAAACCUCAGUCAUUGAGAGGAUGAGCACGGAUGCCUGUUCAAUCUCAGCAUUGUAUUCCUCUGGUUUUUCAGGUGUGAUUGAUGGUCGCCCAACAGACCCAACAAUGAAAAAAAAGCCUUGUAAUCCGCUGCGUCCCAAACGCAGCAGGCAGGUCAGUGCCAGCAAUGACUCUGCCACAGUGCCGGGCAGCACCGGGCUUGGCUCCAGAGCCCAACCAAACUCUGAAACUGUCCCAGAAUCGGCCUCACAAAUCAGGAACCUGGCUAUGACGCAGCACAGUCACAAGCUCCUCGAGUUCAUGAAUGAGGACCGGACCAGACAGAGGUUCUGUGAUGUGUCGGUGUCAGUGGGUGGGAGGCUCUACAGUGCCCACAAAGUGGUGCUGGCCCAUGGGAGCAGCUACUUCCACGCUGAGCUGUCCAAGAACCCUGCUACAGCGCAUGUGACUCUGGACCACGUGGAGGACUCUGUUUUUCAGCUCCUGCUUGGCUUCUUGUACACCUCCGAGUGCGCUGUUGCAGAGACGGACCUUCCAGCUCUAACUGAAGCGGCCCAGUUCCUGGACAUGAUGGAUAUACUCAAGCUGCUGUGUGAAGAAGGGGACAACAACGCAGUACGUGUGAUCCAGGCACAGGAUGAGAUAAGAGGGUCGCCCGAGGUGGAAAUGACCUCCAGUGACUCGCCAGCAGGUGACAUAGAUAUCCGGAGCCCAUGUUAUGUUCAGUGCACCAUGUGCAGUCGCCAGUUUCCCACUGAAAACUCCCUGCAGAUCCACGUGGUUAAGAGUCACCCUGAUGCACAUCAGGAAACCUCAACUGAGAACGAGAAGACGGCAGCUCAGAGAACUGCCACCACGCGGAGAUCGGCUCGCAGGAGGAGAACACCCACCAAAUAUCAGAGAGACAAUGUGGAGCACACUGUCAACACGGUAUCACCAAGAGAGCAAGAUGAAGAAGGAACGGAAGAAGCAGGAAAGAUGACUGCGGAAAACCAAUUGUCCAAGAUGGAUGCGAACGAGACAUCCAAACCAGCUCAGGGGGAGGAUGUAGUGGACGAGGAGGAAGAGGACGGAGACAUGGAUGAAGACGGGGUUGCCCAAAGGAAAGUCGUUGAGGUUUUUGCUGGAGACAAGAGCGCAGGUCUGCAGGUUUUAGAUUUAGAGAGAGCAGAGCAGCAGGCUGAUGGAGAGGUGAAGGUGCAUGUGCCAGCAGCAGGAAGCUCUACCCAGAGUCCAGUGUACCCUGAGGGUCUGGCUCCAGUCAUCAUCCAAACCUCCAGCAAGAAGAUUCUCAAGUGCCCCAAAUGUGACAAGACCUUUGACCGUGCAGGGAAGUACGAGAGUCAUACCCGAGUGCACACGGGAGAGAAACCCUUUCAGUGUGACGUCUGUCUUCAGCGCUACUCCACCAAGUCUAACCUGACCGUACACAAGAAGAAGCACGCCAGCGACGCUCCCUUCCAGAAGAAGGAGCACAAAUGCCCCUUCUGCAACAAACUCCAUGCCAGCAAGAAAACCCUGGCCAAGCAUGUCAGGAGGUUCCAUCCAGACCACAUCCAAGAGUUUCUUACCAAGAGGAAGAGGAAGAGUGAAGGCUGGAAAUGUGCAGUUUGUCUGAAGACCUUCACGCGCAGGCCUCAUCUGCAGGAGCACAUGAUCCUGCACACCCAGGACCGGCCCUUUAAAUGCUCCUUCUGUGACGAGUACUUCAAGUCCAGGUUUGCCCGGCUAAAGCACCAAGAAAAGUACCACUUAGGUCCCUUUCCCUGUGAGAUUUGUGGUCGACAGUUUAAUGACACCGGCAACAGAAAGAGGCACAUUGAGUGCACGCAUGGAGGCAAAAGAAAGUGGACCUGCUUUGUUUGUGGUAAAUCCGUAAGGGAACGAACAACUUUGAGAGAGCACUUGAGGAUCCACAGCGGGGAGAAGCCUCACCUCUGUAGUAUCUGUGGCCAAAGCUUCCGUCAUGGCAGCUCUUACAGGCUCCACCUCAGAGUCCACCAUGACGACAAGCGCUAUGAGUGUGACGAAUGCGGGAAAACCUUCAUACGGCAUGAUCACCUGACCAAACAUCAGAAAAUACACUCCGGUGAGAAAGCACACCAAUGUGAAGAGUGUGGCAAGUGCUUCAGGCGCCAUGAUCAUCUGACGGUCCACUACAAGAGCAUUCAUUUGGGAGAGAAAGUUUGGCAGAAAUAUAAAACCGCUGUGCAUCAGUGUGAGGUUUGCAAGAAAGAAUUUAAAGGAAAGUCCAGUCUGGAAAUGCACUUCAGGACCCACUCCGGUGAGAAACCCCACAGGUGUCCAGAGUGCAACCAGACCUUUCGGAUCAAGAAGACCUUGACAAAGCACAUGGUGAUUCACUCAGACGCUCGUCCUUUCAACUGCCCCCACUGCAGUGCCACCUUUAAAAGAAAAGACAAGCUCAAGUACCACGUUGACCACGUGCACAGCACCCUUUUCACCGAGCAGCCCCAUGGCACACUCGGUGAGGACAAAAUAGUCUCCGUUCCUUUUGAGGAGCCCUCGAAGGUAUACUGCGCUGAACCGAAGUCAGCCCUCCAGAGCAGUCCUUCUCCCACGAAUGUCUGCGUGCCCGUCACUUUAGUUCCUGUCCAGAUGGCAGGUGGAGCGCAGGCUGACCCGAACGCUCACAGGGCCUCUUCCCUCUCCUCCCAAACUCACAGCGUUGUGAGCAUGCAGGCUCAAGGACAGCAGCAGAACUCUAGCUACCAGGCGGCUACAGACCUGGCGUUCUUAGAAAAGUACACCCUCACCCCUCAGCCCGCCAACAUUGUCCACCCCGUGAGGCCCGAUCAGAUGCUGGACCCCCGAGAGCAGUCCUACCUGGGCACCCUGCUGGGACUGGAUUCAGCUUCCUCUGUGCAGAACAUCUCUAACUCUGAUCUCACACACUGACGCUGCUCAGCAAAACCUGGGAAGGCCCCGUCCAGCAAAUUGAUUUAAAAAUAAGAACAGAAGCUACAGUAUUCACCAUUAACAUAUACUCACACUUGUAUAAAAUGAAAAAUUCAGUUUUCCGAUAGCUGAUGUUGGAUCAUCUCUGGUUCAAAGUGAGUUAUGGCUGAACAGAAUGACUUGGGUUUUAUGUGUUUUUUUUAAAGAGACAAAGCUUUUUGAUUUUUAAGGAGUCAGUUGAUUGACGGAAAAGUAAUUAAUAGCAAAUUGGAUAAAUCAUUGGAGUAAUUUAUCCAGUAAAAAUAGCAAUAACUUCUUGGUUGUAACUUCUUGAUUUUGUUAGUAACUUAUGAUAAACGAUCAAAUAAAUAAAUAAAUAUUCAUAGAUAACACAAUAAUUGCUAGUUGCAGCCUUGUAAUAAUGAUUAAACUUUAAGUAGCCUUAACAUGUAUUGUAAUUUAGGUUCUGUCUGUACAACAUGUCACUCGAAGGUUUUGGGUUUGUAAUUGUGCGAUGCAAGGAAACAUAUUUCACACACGCAGUGUACAAUGAUCAGAGGUCGAUGUACUUGCCUAUGUGUGCAAGAACCUUGAUUUAAAUACAGAUGUUAAGUCUGUGAACUUUGAUUUAAAAAAUGAAAUGACUUGUUAAUUGAAGUGGAACAAGAUGGAUUUGUUCAGAAUGAAUUGUUGGAUAGUUAAAUUCCAAACAGUUAAUCUUCAUAUUCUGAAACUUCGCAAACUUUGUGUCAUGAUCAAUAAAAUCUGAUUUGAAAA